CGGUGGUAUCCGCCAAUCCAUCUCGCCAUGAUGUUGGUUGCCCGCGCGCUGCGGAAGCCGGUGCUUGCCUCGGGCCGCCGCCCGCUCUCGUUCCUUGGCCGUCUCUUUGGCGACGAAGAGGUGUCGCCGGCGGCUGCGCCAUCAUCGCGGCCCUUUGGCUCGAGCGAGUACCACCUCGCGCUGCUUGGGUACGUCUCGCAGACCAUGCACCCGCAGCACUCGCUGGCCGCGAUCAUCGAGAAGGACGCGGACUUUCUCAUGGGCCACGUGCUGAUUGGCGCGAGCCAGUGCCUCUCGCCGCAUGCGCUUGCCGACAGCGUCCAAGCGUCGACGCGCGCCGCGACGGCCAAGGCCAUUGCCGCCCGCGUCGAGACGAGUACGCUGGAAAAGUGGCACGUUCAAGCACUCGAGUACCUCGUGGCGGGCGAGUGCCGCAACGCCGUCGCAGUCUACGAGACCAUCUUGCGCCAUGACGUGACCGACCUCCUCGCGCUCAAGUGUGCCACCGAGCUCUACGCGAUCCUCGGCGACAAGAGCAACAUGCUGCAUGUGGUCUCCCGCGUGCUGCCGCAGUGGUCGGCGACGAUGCCGGGCUACAGCCACCUCCUGGCCAUGCAAGCCUACGCGCUCUCGGAGAACGGCGACCACGGCGCCGCGCACAGCCUCGCAGACCGCGCCAUGUCCAUGCACGAAGAAGACGCGGUUGCGUUGCAUGCGCUACUGCAUGUGUACGAAGUCCAAGGCAAGCACCAAGACGGCGCGAGUCUUUUGCUGCAGAGUGCGGACCAAUGGGAGACGUACGCGGUCUUGCGGACCCACUUGCAGACGCAUUUUGCGCUAUUUCUCAUUGAAACCGGCCGCUACGACCGUGUGCUCAAGCUGCUUCGCCACGAUAUUUUGACAUGCGAGAGUAUGUCGGCGAAUGUCUUGAUCGAUGCGACGCAGAUUUACUGGCGCCUCGUCCUUGCGGGCUUUCCUGCCGACUCGAUUGCGACCGAGCUCAUGACGCAGUGGCGUCACGUUGUCGACAGCGACGUGCCGCUCACGCCGCUCGCGACGCUCCAUGCGCAUACCAUGUUGUCGCACGCAUCGGCACCCGACGGGAUCCGCAAGCAGCUGGCCCCACCCACGUCAGGUCUGGGAGAUGACGCAUGGGACGUGGCGGCCGUGGCGGCCAAGCUCGAGCGCAGCGUGACGACGUUUAGCUACCCGGAAGCUGGGUUCUCUGCCAUUGCGCAAGCGGCGUUUGCGGCGGUCACUGCCUACAACGAGCAUCGGUUUGGCGACGCUGUCACUGGUCUCUUGCGCGUUCGCUCGCAAGCCCACGUGCUUGGCGGGUCCAAGGUCGAGCAAGAGCUCUACGACAUGCUGCUCAUCGAUGCGGCGACGCGUGGCGGGCAGUUUGACUUGGCGCACCUCGUGCUCAAUGAGCGUAUCAACGCCAAACCGCAGAGUGCGCAAUACUGGCACACGUUUGGCAACGUUAUGCGUGGCCUUGGUGACGCCGAUGGCGUCGACGGCGCUCGUCGCAUGAGCUACGUCCUCGGCCUCGGUCAAGCGGGCGCCGGCGCCUCGUAAGCCAGCGCACUGAACUUGGACGGUGCCACACCGCGUGAAAGACUAGAAACACGCCGUGGAAAUAUCUUUGAACCAGACUACUCUGGUUCUCGUGGCUGUUCAAGGUGUCAAGGGCCAA